GCAUUGCUGGACAAGGAAAUUACUGUGUUGAGCCUCUCAUGAUCGCAUUUUGCUUCAUAACCACCAACAUUUACGGCUCUCAGUGCAGCGGCCACACUGGAAGCCUUACUAUCAACCGCGCAAUUAUGAGGAUGAUUGCAAGUACUUUGGCUUCACUUCAUAUCAAUAUCGUUUUCUCGAUCAACAAGCCAUCUGUUUUUUCUUCAGAGUUGGCAGGUAACUGGCAUGAGACAGCUACUUAG